AUGAAGAGCCCCUUCCUUCUGCUGGCAGAUGUUCAGGUGCAGAAGCUGGCAGAAGUCUUCAGCAACAGCCCUCGUUCCAAGGGAGGAGUAUUAACCUGGCCGAAGGCACUGCUUUCUCUCCAUGCGUCUCUAGAGGUGUUCAGAUGGGAUUAAAGUCCACAUGGAGAUAUGGAAAUGGACCAGGAUUUUACUCUAAAAAGAUGGUCAGCUGGGAUUCGGGUUGCCUUAUCUGCCUGGUGGUCGUCACCAUGGCUGGACUUUCCCUGGCUCGACCUUCGUUUAAUUUAGUUGUUGAAGACGCCACGCUGGAACCUGAAGAGCCGCCAACCAAAUACCAAAUCUCUCAGCCAGAUGUAUAUUCAGCACUUCCAGGAGAACCGCUUGAGUUGCGCUGUCAAUUGAAAGACGCCGUCAUGAUCAGUUGGACUAAGGAUGGGGUCCCUUUGGGGCCCGACAAUAGGACAGUGAUUAUUGGGGAGUACUUACAAAUUAAGGAUGCUACACCCAGAGAUUCGGGCCUCUAUGCUUGCACUGCUGUUAGGACCCUAGACAGUGAUACUCUGUACUUCAUUGUAAAUGUUACAGAUGCUCUUUCCUCUGGGGAUGAUGAAGACGACAAUGAUGGGUCUGAGGACUUUGUGAAUGACAGCAACCAGAUGAGGGCACCUUAUUGGACACAUACGGACAAAAUGGAGAAGAGGCUGCACGCGGUGCCAGCAGCAAAUACCGUCAAGUUCCGUUGUCCGGCGAUGGGAAACCCAACACCAACCAUGAGAUGGCUGAAAAAUUUUUUUAAAGAGUUUAAACAAGAGCAUCGUAUUGGCGGAUAUAAGGUCCGUAACCAGCACUGGAGUCUCAUCAUGGAGAGCGUGGUCCCGUCCGACAAAGGGAAUUACACGUGCAUAGUGGAAAACCAGUACGGGUCCAUCAACCACACGUACCAUCUCGACGUUGUCGAGCGAUCACCGCACAGGCCCAUCCUCCAAGCUGGCCUUCCAGCAAACGCCUCUGCCAUCGUCGGAGGUGACGUCGAGUUUGUCUGCAAAGUCUACAGUGAUGCUCAGCCUCACAUUCAGUGGAUAAAACAUGUCGAGAAGAAUGGCAGUAAAUACGGACCAGAUGGACUGCCCUAUCUUCAGGUUUUAAAGCAUUCGGGGAUAAAUAGUUCCAAUGCUGAAGUGCUGACACUGUACAAUGUGACAGAGGCGGACGCUGGAGAAUAUAUUUGUAAGGUCUCCAAUUAUAUAGGGGAGGCCAACCAGUCUGCCUGGCUCUCUGUUCUGCCGAGUAUACAAGCUCCUGAAAAAGAAAAAGAAUAUCCGACAUCUCCAGACUACUUGGAAAUAGCAAUUUACUGCAUAGGGGUCUUCUUAAUUGCCUGCAUGGUGCUGACAGUCAUCCUGUGCCGCAUGAAGAACACCACCAAGAAACCCGAUUUCAGCAGCCAGCCCGCUGUCCAUAAGCUGACAAAGCGAAUCCCUCUGCGCAGACAGGUGUCGGCUGACUCGAGCUCCUCCAUGAAUUCCAACACGCCUCUGGUGAGGAUAACUACUCGCCUCUCCUCUACUGCCGAUGCCCCCAUGUUGGCAGGAGUCUCGGAAUACGAAUUGCCAGAAGACCCGAAAUGGGAGUUUCCAAGAGAUAAGUACGUAGCCCGUUUCCCUUAA